GUUCACCCUAACCCUAGGCCACUUCUUGUUCAUUCUCGUCAUCUACACCCAUAUACUUCGAUGUCUACAGCUCACAGGCCGACAUGGGACCCAGCACAGGCCAAAGAUGUCAAGGGAGGCUCUCGCCAGUUCUCUGUACGAGAUAUGGCAUCUCACACGAAGUUGAAAUUCCGACAAGUGGGUCAAACAUCAACAGACGAAGUCAAGAAAAGAGACCUACGCGCUGAACUCUUGGCUGCCGAGCAGGAAGCGCGGAACAGGAAGCGCAAAGCUGAAGGAAAGGCACCGCUCAUAGAAGAUGCGCCUGCGGAUGAUGAAGCCAAUAAGCGGAGAAAACUCUUGCAGGAUGCUAUUGCUCUCGACAAGGACGAUGACGACGAUGACAAUGGAAAAGGAGAGGACAAGGAUAAAGACAACGCUGAGGAAGAAGACAGUGAGGAUGACUCGGAUGAUGACGAAGACGACACCGCAGAACUGCUACGCGAACUUGAAAAGAUCAAACGCGAACGAGCCGAAGAAAAGGCACGGCAAGAACGUGAAUUGUCAGCGUCACAAGCGGCGUCGCGAGAAGCAGAAAUUGCCACCGCUAACCCCCUUCUCAAUCUGGCGGCUGCAUUGGGGCAGGAAACGCCUACUGGUGUGAAUACUACUGUUCCCGGGACCUUUUCCGUAAAGCGGCGUUGGGAUGACGACUUAAUCUUCAAGAACCAGGCCAUGGAUACGAGGAACAAGCCUCAGGGCCAGUUUGUUAAUGACCUCCUGCGGACACAAUUUCACAAGAAAUUCAUGGCAAAGUUUAUCAAGUGAUUUAUAUGUACUACUUGACACGGCCGUAAUAUAUCGUACACUUUCCGUUCGAAAAGCGAUUACUAUGUAAGGUAUGCCACGACCCCAACCUUCAAGUUUGCUAGGCCAACGCAGGUCUUCGUAUAUGCUAGCAAAUAGUGCUUUGAAGUCUGUUUUACAGUGGUGUUG